GACAGAUUGUCGUACAUUGGAUAAAGUUUUAAGAUUGAGGUUAUGUUUAUGUUCCUUGCAGUUCCUUGCCCAUGCAUCAUGGAUGGAAACCGCUGAAUCUUGAAAAAUACUGAUUAUCCUGUUUAUUAAAUCAUUUUUCACUUUAAAUUUAGAUUCAUAAUCCUAAGAGUGAAGAUAGUCCCACCUGUAUUAUAGUAGAUUUGAAAAUUUAAUUAAUUAAAAAAAGUCACUAACUUUAUUUUUUUACUUGAAUCACUUUCAGUCCACUAUUCUAUGCCUUAGUAAAGUUUGUUCAAUUAAAAUAAUUAGUACAGAUAUGCCGUUUGAUUUUAAAGAGUUGGAUGAAGAUUUGAAAAAAAUUGCUCAUGAUCUUAUUGGGAUAGGCUGUUGCAAACUGUGUACUCUAAGAUUCAUUGGCGAAACGGAACCAAUUUCUUACACGAAAACCUUCAGAUCUCUUUUAUCGAGAGAAAAUGAGGAAAGUUUACCGGAAAGUAAGAUACAAAAAUCUAAUCCCUGUGUGGCUUGCCUAGGAUGUUUGCAAGUUUCACAGAAUGGUGACAUAUUGGAUAAGAUAGAGAAAGAAAUAAUAGCAGGUGAUUAUGACAGUUCUACAUUCAAAGUGGCUCUCACAUUUCCUGUGAGCUUUCAGUUGAGAGCUCACGCUCUUUGGCUGUACAUGGUCAAGCGAUUCCCGGAACAUUGUCGAAAAGUGUUCCCUAUCGACCUCGUCACCAUAAACGUCAAGGACGUGUGGAAGUACGUUUAUGCUCCGUAUGUCGGAGAAAAGGUUUCAAAGAAAUAUGACCAAAAUUCAAGCCUGAAUGUCACUAUCUCAGUGACUUACAGGGAUGACUUGGCGGAAUCUAUGUCUUUAUUGAAUGUUGAAGAACAGUUAUUUGGAACUAAAAAGAAUAAGAAAGGACGUCGACAGAAAGAGAUGCCAGAUUCUAAAGAAGAAAUGUUUUCUAGAAAAGGCGUCGAGAUGGCGUUGAAGAGGGUUGAUGUGAGUGAAUUUACUCAGCAUUUUAAUAUCCCGCCUCUUAUCCCGACAUCUGCAGCUCUGUGUGAAUCUGUCAGCCUUUGUCAGGAAUCAAUUUAUAUUGCAGGUCGAUACAAUAAACUGUCAAGAGAGCUGUCUCAGACGCCAUGGAUGAUUGACGGAGAAAGACGAAUGGAGGAUUCCGUUGAAGAAAUCAUUUCCGAUCCAUUGAAACUCAUCACUCAUUCUCAAAGCUCAAAGUUCCUGUCUUCCGGACGAGAAGAUGUGGACGUGAGAACCCUUGGACGAGGGCGGCCGUUUGCAGUGGAAUGCAUCGAUCCUCACAGGACAUGCUUUUCAAGUCAACAGCUCAAAUCUACCAUGCUACAAGUUAAUAAAAACGGAAUGGGCAAAGUGGCUAUCAGAGAUCUGCAGCUAGUAAGCAAGAGCAGUCUGGAACUGUUGAAGAAAGGCGAAGAUACGAAGACGAAAGAGUACUGUGCGCUGUGCAUUGUGCAUGGCGCUCUGCCUGGCAACCUGACUGCUCUGAACUCAGUGGCACCUGUCUGCCUGUCGCAGCGCACGCCUGUCAGAGUGCUGCAUCGCAGGCCGGCUGCUGUCAGGCCACGCACCAUUCAUCGCAUGAGGGUCGAGCCCAUCCAAACUGGCGACUCUGCUGAUUUUUCGUUGUUCAAACUGUUCGUGGAAACUCAGGCGGGCACUUACGUGAAGGAGUUCGUGCAUGGCGAUUUCGGUCGGACGAAACCCAGCGUCGGAGAGUUAUUAGGAAAUGUCUCUGUUGAUAUUCUUGCUUUGGAUGUAAUGAAUGUCAAUUUGGACUGGCCUCCAACGUUGAGCUGAAAAUGAACUGCGGUAAUAGAUAUUUUUAAUAUUUUACUAUUUUUCUAAAACAUUAUUUCUUUUUUGUAGAAAUAAUAGUCAAUACUUUAUUAUAGUCAAUACAGGCGCUAUAACGAAAUUUUUAUGUCGAUAAAGUUAUUUAUUGCUAGUGAACAAUAAAUACUUUUUCAUAUCAAG